UUUGGUUGUCUUUUUCUUUUUAGUUUCCGUCAUCAUUUGAACGGCUGUUAGGUUUGCUCUAUUAACUUUAUUUACGUAAAAAUUCAAUUUAAUUGUAUGAACCAACUUUUUUAUUGUAUUUAAAUACAAUUCAAAUCUAAAUUUUGGAAUAAUCAGCAUGGCUGCUUUAUUACACGAGAAGGUUUGGUUAGACCGGAAUGUUUACAAUGAUGCUGAAAAAGCUUAUUAUGAAUCUUUGUCGAAGGUCCAAGCACCAUUAUCGUUAGCUCGAUCAUCAUUGGCCAGUGAAGUCGCAAAGGCUAGACAGCAUAUUAAAAAUUCUUUAGAAUGUAUGGAUAGUGUAGCAACUUUGGCGGGUGUUCCUAAUACAGAGCUCAGUACUAAAGUCAUCAGCUUAGAAAACGAAAACAAGGAUUUGAAAAAGGCUAUAGAUGAUUUACGUAAUUUAGUCAUCAGCCUGCAAGUCCGUGUUGAAACCUUGGAAUCAUCCAGCAGUAUCACCUCUGAUUGUAUUCAAGUGCAGUCAGAAAAACCUGCAGCAGCUUCUACUGAUAAGGAUGACGAAGAUGAUGAUGUUGAUUUGUUUGGUUCAGAUGAUGAAGAGGAGAGUGCUGAAGCAGCUAAGAUAAAGGAAGAGCGUCUUGCUGCAUAUAAUGCAAAGAAAGCUAAAAAGCCAGUGCUAAUUGCAAAGUCGAAUAUUAUUCUGGAUGUAAAGCCAUGGGAUGAUGAGACUGAUAUGGCAGCCUUGGAACAAGCUGUAAGGUCAAUCAGCACUGAUGGCCUCUUGUGGGGUGCCGCUAAACUAGUGCCUUUGGCUUAUGGUAUCCAUAAGCUGCAAAUUUCCUGUGUUGUUGAAGAUGAUAAGGUUUCUAUUGAUUGGCUUACAGAGGAAAUCGAGAAAAAUGAAGACUAUGUACAAAGUGUCGAUAUUGCUGCGUUCAACAAAGUCUAGCACAGAAAUGUUAAAUUAAAUAAAGUGAAAACAUUGUUUGAA